GCAACAGAUGCCUCACGGAGAAAUAAGCCUUUAAUACCCAGAGGACUCAGGAGGGGGUAGCUACACUCAACUCACCAUACAGACUUAAGUGAAACCCCUCACGCAGCUCAUCGGAGUCUCCGGGGCCGUGUCCUGCGCGUCGCGCGCUCUCUUGGGAACUAUUUCUUCUUUACGCACAACACGGCGAACGUUAUUGUGUUUGCAUUGAACGGCACCGUCGGAUACGUCCACCUGUUUCACAGGUAGCACUCUGCCUCGUGGCACACUCGUCCAUGUCUCAUUCACUGGAGCCAGUUGAACGAUAAUCUCACCUGCUCGUUACAACCGUGAGAUAUAACCCUCGUGGACCGCUUCGACCACCAUGCCGCCUAAGAAAAAGGGAGAGCGUCAGGACUCGGACGUCGUCGAGGAAAGAAACGCCCAGGUGCAGCUGGAGAAGGCCAAGUUCAAGCCGGUAGCAUUUGCAGUGCGUUGCAACUUCUCCUACACGCCAGCAGACGACGACAAUAUCCCCGUGCCGGGCCAGGCCAUCACCUUUGAGGCCAGAGACUUCCUCCAUAUCAAAGAGAAGUUCAACAAUGAGUGGUGGAUCGGCCGGCCGGUGAAGGAGGAUGGCGUCGUGGGCUUCGUCCCCAGUCCAGUCAAUCUGGAAACCAUCCUCAUCAGAAGAGAAGUGCAGGCGAGGAAAGCCGCCAAGGCCCUCGCCAACAAAUCCACUCUAGUAGCUCAAGAUAUGAACGCAAAGAAAUAUACUCCUCCAUCCCAAGCCAAUCAGCAGGUGAAAAAGAAACCGGGGGAGCAUGUGUCUAUGUACGACGUAGUGCCUACAAUGCGUCCUGUGGUCCUCAUGGGACCAUCACUGAAGGGCUUAGAUGUUACAGACAUGAUGCAAAAAGCACUCUUUGACUUUUUAAAACAUCGAUUUGAAGGCAGGAUUACUAUCACACGGGUCACAGCUGACAUCUCUCUGGCUAAACGCUCCAUCCUCAACAACCCUGGGAAAAAGGCCUUGAUGGAUCGGUCGAACACGCGCUCACAUUUAGAUGCUGCCGCCCAGAUCCAGGGGGAGGUGGAGCGUAUCUUUGAGCUCGCGCACAGCCUGCAGCUGGUGGUUCUAGAUGCGGACACAAUCAACCAUCCCAUCCAGGUGUCCAAGACCUCCCUGGCACCGAUCCUCAUCUACGUCAAGAUCUCCUCGGCGAAGGUGUUGACGAGACUGAUCAAGACUAGAGGGAAGUCUCAGACCAAGCAUCUUAACGUUCAGAUGGUGGCAGCAGACAAGCUCGCCCAGUGCCCUCCGGAAAUGUUUGACGUCAUCUUAGAUGAGAACCAGCUAACUGACGCCUGUGAGCACAUUGCUGAUUAUCUGGAGUCCUACUGGAGAGCCACUCAUCCGCCAGAGAUGGAGCAUGCCAACUCACUAGUGGCCCAGCUAGCCGCGAAUACACUGCCCACCAGUCCUUCAGCAAAACCGGACGUGCAAAAAAACAAGAAGUCCGUCGCCCCCAAGAGGAAGGGUACCCGGGAGAACCAUCUCGACCAGAAACAAUCGUCAGCCCCGGCCCAGGAGCAGAGGGCUGAGCAGGGCCAGAGAGACGAGGAAGAGCAGCUCCUGAGGACUGAGCCAAAGCACGGCCACCACCAACGCCAUCACCACCACCGCCACAGCCGGCUGGAGCAUCACAGCCACGCCCAGAACAACCCAACAUCCGGCGGCGUGGAAGUGCGGUCGAGCAGGGAGUACAGACAGAGGCUUCCUCGCAGGCACCCGACCGAGGAGAGGGAGGAGUUGGUGGAGGACUUGGUGGGGGAGGACGAGGAGGAGACGCGCUAUAACCACCGAGGACAUAACCACCACCAUCGUAACAUCAACCACCACCAUCACCACCGCCAACAACAACCACAACAGCAGCAUCACGGUGGGAACCGCCAGGCACACGUUGAGGAAAACUACGAGCAGGAGCACAACGAACGCAACCGGCAGCAUCGGCAUCACCAGCAUAUUCCACCACGGACACAGCACACAGAUCACUCCCCUGCAGCCAAUCACCACAACUACCACGGCAGAGACAGAGACAAACACAAGGACAGGGAAAGAGACAGAGACAAACACAAGGACAGGGAAAGAGAGAGAGACAAGGACAGGGAAAGAGACAGAGACAAACACAAGGACAGGGAAAGAGACAGAGACAGACACAAGGACAGGGAAAGAGAAAGAGAGAGAGACAAGGACGGGGAAAGAGACAGAGACAAACACAAGGACAGGGAAAGAGAGAGAGACAAGGACAGGGAAAGAGACAGAGACAAACACAAGGACAGGGAAAGAGACAGAGACAGACACAAGGACAGGGAAAGAGAAAGAGACAAACACAAGGACAGGGAAAGAGAAAGAGAGAGAGACAGGGAAAGAGACAGAGACAAACACAAGGACAAGGACAGGGAAAGAGACAGAGACAAACACAAGGACAGGGAAAGAGAAAGAGAGAGAGACAAGGACAGGGAAAGAGACAGAGACAAACACAAGGACAGGGAAAGAGAAAGAGAGAGAGACAAGGACAGGGAAAGAGACAGAGACAAACACAAGGACAGGGAAAGAGACAGAGACAAACACAAGGACAGGGAAAGAGAAAGAGAGAGAGACAAGGACAGGGAAAGAGACAGAGACAAACACAAGGACAGGGAAAGAGACAGAGACAAGGACAGGGAAAGAGAAAGAGACAAGGACAGGGAAAGAGAUAUAGACAGAGACAGAGAUUGAGAUAGAGACAAGGGAGAGGUAGAGAUAGAGAUGCACAACAAUUGCACAGAGCUUCCUAUAUACAAUAAGACUGUUUCUUGUGGGUUUGUGCAUUAUUUUAUGCUGCCCAAGUUAUAAUGUACAAAUCGACGGGGCUGGAUGCGUCAUCUUCGCGGACAUGGUUCUCAUCGUUUAGUUUUUUUUUACCCUCUGCCACUCACACACACUUUGUCCUUUUUUUUUGUUCUUUACCAGAAUUAAUAUUAUCACUCGGUUUUUGUCCGUUUAUUUUCACCCACUUGACAUUAGUCACGAUAAAUUCAACAAUGUCUUGGAAGGUUUUAAAAUAUUUUGCAUCGGUCAUAAUGUUCUGGAGCCAAGAACAGUUAAGGUUGCAAUGAUUUGGUGUUGAUUUUAUUUCAUCGAUUAUUAGGAAAAAAUCUAACAAACUAACGCAAUCUAUGGCGAGUGCUUUUUGAGUGCGUAGUGGGAAAAUCAAAAGGUCCUUUUACCGUUAUAACUCCCAGAAAACUUAUUUUACUCAAGAAAGACAAAAUAUGAUCCUGUGUAAAGUUUAAACAGUCAAUUUUUUUAAUCAGUCAACUGAUUAUCUAACUAACAUUUGGAUAACACUCAUUCAUCGUUCCAUUUGAACUUUUCUUAGCAAAAAUGAACAAACCUUAUUGGUAAGCUCAAAUGUAAGGUUUGAAAACAAGCAUUUCAAGAUGUAACCUUUGCUUCUGCAAAUGUCUUUUUCCCUAUUUGAAAAUAAUAAUACAAUUAAAAUAAUAAUGAAUUAUUGCACAAAACAGUUUUACAAAAUCUGUUUUCCUGACAAUGAAAUAAUGAACAUGUGAUCUUGAUAUAACUGUCAGGUUCUUGUCACGGGGUGAGGCUCGGGCGCAGAGAAACGAGGUGGACUCGAUAUGAAUAACAAAAAGGCGCUUUUUAAUGAGGCAAAAGUUACAAAAAAACAACAAGGUUCAAAAAGGGGCAGAUAGAGAAUCCAGGUUCAGGGCAGACAGGGUCAACAGGCAGAAUCAGGCAUACGAACAGGACGACAGGAAAAGGACACGGAACUAUAGACGACAAUCCAACAGGAGACAAGGGAAAGACUGACACAAUAUAUAGGGGGGGAAACACAGGUGUACGACAUCAGACAGUAACGAGACAGGAGUGGCUGAGGGCAGGUGCAGGGAAUUAAACAAUUAAGACAGAAGACACAGAGGAGACAUAGGAGACACGGAACACAGGAGAAACAGAACAGGGUGUUACAAUAACAGUAUAAAUUAAAAUAAUUGCUGUUCUCAGUUUAAGUAAAAAUGAAUGCUUAUUAUAUUAUUUAGUUUAUACAAAGUUGCACAAGGGGAUGUUUUGUCGAAGAUGUAAAAAAAGAAAACGGUAAAAAAAAAACUAGGGGACAACAGACUUAUUUUGCUACGUGUCACAUCUGACUGUCACUUUGUGUUUAAAUUGGUGUAACUUCAAAAGCCAACAAGUUAUUUUAAACAUUGGUAAGGAAAGUCAAACUAUUUUUCUACAUAAUUCUAAAGGGAAGUCAUUCGUUGCUUCCUACUUUUCUAAAUGGUGUUCAAGCAUAUCUAUUGACUUGCUUGUCUGGAAGCAUGGACACUCUUUUGAUGACACUGACCUGUGCUUUAUGCUGGAUACUCUAUGCAUCUUCUUGUGAUGAAAUAUAUUGCUUGAAUACAAUCUCUAUGCAUUUGUACAUACUUCAUAAUUGCCUUGUUAGGUGGUCUAAAUGUAUGCAGAACCAGAUAGCCCGUUGCACUGGUUGGUAGAACUUGACCUAAUGUGUAUGUUUGCUUUGAGUUGACAAGACUGAGAUGACUCUGCUUCCUUUGUGUUGGUUAUUUUUGUUUUGUACAGCUUUCAGGAGUUCAUUUUGACAAAUGUGCAUUAAUAAAUCAUUAAAAUGUAAAACAAAUAAUCGGUUAAUUUACAUUUUAUUUGGAGAUGUCAGCACCUCUGUCACUUAUAACUCCAGAUCCAUGGAUGUGUCCUCAACAUGGAAGUUGCUUGAUGAAUGACACCACUUUAAUGUCGCAGCUGGUUUAAGUGUAUUUUUUUAAUAUGCUUUUAUAAUCACAUUUUUAAAUGUAUCUGCCAUCCUGAAAUUACAAUAUUACAAUUUUCUCAUUACACAAUUACAAUUUGUCAGGCUAGCAGUGCUGAUUAGCUUGUGGAUUUAUAGUCUUAAUCUAUAAUAAUAAAAUCAUUUAAUUUCUUGAUAUAUUUUUAUUAUCUCAAUCUGGAAAAUACUUGGAAACAAAAGUUAGAAUAAAUGCUUAUCCCACAAAUGCAUGUUCCUUACAAAUAGGGCACCAUUUGAAGAGGAAUUUACAGGCUUUCCAAGGGUAUACAAUGUAUUGCCAAGAAGCAUUGUUAGAACAGAGAAUAAUACCAAACAAACAUUUCAAAACUUUGUGUUCAAUGUGGAUAAGUGCUUAGCAUAACAAUCAACGACAAGUUAAAUUGCCACAGGAUGAAACCUAUAUGUCUGAAAGCGGCCUGCAGUGAAAAGGUCUAUUAAACAAGAACAUGUUGUA